AUGAACCCCGGCCAAAAGUACGGACCCUACCCCCCGCGGCUGCGGCCCUACCACCCGGCGCUCGAGGGGCUUGAGCGUCAGGCCAACAACACCUUGAUCGGGGAGUACAAGCUGGAAGUGUUGCAAACGUUGGCGCAAUUGGAGCUGGCUCUGGCAGUCAAUCCGGCGAUGAUCGACUUGCAACCGGAAAUCCAGUGGUUCAUGAGACCGUUUUUGCUCGACUUCCUCAUCGAAUUACACUCGCUGUUCAAGCUCCAGCCGGCGACGUUGUUCCUCUGUCUCAAUAUCAUCGACCGCUACUGCGCCAAGCGGAUCGUGUUUAAGCGCCACUACCAGUUGGUGGGGUGCACCGCCCUCUGGAUCGCCGGCAAGUACGAAGACAAGAAGCUGAGGGUGCCCACGCUCAAGGAAUUGACCAUCAUGUGCCGCAAUGCUUAUGACGAAGAGAUGUUCGUCCAGAUGGAAAUGCACAUCUUGCUGACACUCGAAUGGCAAUUAAGCCACCCCAACCUUGAAGAGUGCCUCCAAUUGGCGAUCACCCACGCCGCCAUCGACCAUCUCGACACUCCUCAAGCACCACACACUCCUACCCGCAAACUGCAAACGACGACGCUGGCAGUCACUGCUGUGGGGCGCUUUCUCUGCGAGUUAUCGCUCUACAACCGUUACUUUUUGCUGGUGCCGACGUCGCUUGUGGCCAUCACCGCUAACUUAUUGGCGUGCCUGAUGCUUCAGAUCCCGCGAGCCCUGGAGGCGGUCACCGACUUGCUUCGCCGCCAGCGGCUGCGGAUGUACGCCCACCAGAACUUCUCGUUUGAAGUCGACAACACCACAUUCAUGGACGAAGACAUUACCGACGACGACAGCGACAGCGAGUUGGCAGUGCCCACCAACACGGCGCUGGGAGAUGAAAAUCGCGUUCCCGAAGUUGAGGGGGCGUUCCUUUCCGGCUUUGACCUUAGUCAAAUUGACACUAUUAAACAAAUCGCCCUCCAGUUCAUCCUACAGUUGUCGAAGAUCACGGAGGUGCUCACUAAAAAGUACGAACCGUUGGGUGUGAUCCAGGUGAUCCAAAACUUCAACCAACGCUUCGGGGCUAUCCUCACUUCCAUUACCGAGUCCCCACCCGCGGCUGAUGCUCCUUUGAGUGAUAAACACGCCUCUAUCGCCGACCUCCUCCUUCAAUUCCCUCUGCCUGACCUCAUGCUGCUGCCAUUGGCGCCGUCGUUGGCCCACCACACUCCCGCCACCCCGCCGCUGGCAACGUCACAAUACCUGGUAUUCAGCAACAAGCGCUCACUGACUGCACUGACACCAGUGUAUUCAAGCUACAAUUCGGGGCUGCUGCUAGGCCGCACCCGAUCUAAAAUAUCUAAGCAUAAGUUUGGCCACCAUAGUGCCACCAACUUCGCCGAGUACCUGCCCACUACCCAUAAGUUCAAGUUCUCGGCGCCUGACCGGUCGUUUGAGUGGUCGCUGCCGAUCACCAACCAGUACAGUUUAUGA